CCUUCUGCCGGCGCUUCACAUAGUGAGACUGACUCCGGUCUGAUUUACACUGAGAAGCGGCGUUUAAGUAGACAGCUGGGAACAACAUGGGCAUCAAAUUCUUGGAGGUGAUAAAGCCGUUCUGUGCAGUGCUGCCAGAGAUCCAAAAACCAGAAAGAAAGAUCCAGUUCAGAGAAAAGGUGUUAUGGACUGCCAUCACUCUUUUCAUCUUUCUGGUGUGUUGCCAGAUUCCCCUAUUUGGCAUCAUGUCCUCAGACUCUGCAGAUCCCUUCUACUGGAUGAGAGUAAUUCUGGCUUCAAACAGAGGUACUCUGAUGGAGCUGGGUAUCUCGCCUAUCGUCACCUCAGGCCUGAUAAUGCAGCUGCUUGCUGGAGCGAAGAUCAUUGAAGUCGGAGACACACCAAAGGACAGAGCUCUCUUCAAUGGAGCUCAGAAAUUAUUUGGGAUGAUCAUCACCAUUGGCCAGGCUAUUGUAUACGUGAUGACUGGCAUGUAUGGAGAUCCGUCAGAGAUGGGUGCAGGAAUCUGCCUGCUCAUCAUCAUUCAGCUGUUUGUGGCAGGUCUGAUUGUGCUUUUGCUGGAUGAGCUGCUUCAAAAGGGCUAUGGUCUCGGUUCAGGGAUCUCACUGUUCAUUGCUACAAACAUCUGUGAGACAAUCGUCUGGAAGGCCUUCAGCCCCACCACUGUGAACACCGGAAGAGGUACGGAGUUUGAGGGAGCAAUCAUUGCUCUUUUCCAUCUGCUUGCUACAAGGACAGACAAAGUGCGAGCUCUGAGAGAGGCCUUCUACAGACAGAACCUGCCCAACCUCAUGAACCUCAUCGCCACAGUGUUUGUUUUUGCUGUAGUGAUAUACUUUCAGGGAUUCAGGGUGGAUCUGCCCAUCAAAUCAGCUCGCUAUCGCGGCCAGUACAACACCUACCCCAUCAAGCUGUUCUACACCUCCAACAUUCCCAUCAUCCUGCAGUCUGCCUUAGUCUCCAACUUGUACGUUAUCUCCCAAAUGCUUUCCACGCGCUUCAGUGGCAAUUUCCUGGUUAAUCUGCUCGGAACGUGGUCUGACACGUCGUCUGGUGGCCCAGCACGUGCCUACCCUGUCGGUGGACUCUGUUACUACCUCUCCCCUCCUGAGUCAUUCGGCUCUGUUCUAGAGGAUCCGGUCCACGCAGUCAUCUACAUUGUCUUCAUGCUCGGCUCGUGUGCCUUCUUCUCCAAAACCUGGAUCGAAGUCUCCGGCUCCUCUGCUAAAGACGUGGCAAAACAGCUGAAGGAGCAGCAGAUGGUGAUGAGGGGACACAGAGAAACCUCAAUGGUCCAUGAACUGAACAGGUACAUUCCCACUGCUGCUGCCUUUGGUGGUCUGUGUAUCGGUGGGUUGUCGGUGAUGGCUGACUUCCUUGGAGCCAUCGGCUCCGGUACCGGUAUCCUGCUAGCCGUCACCAUCAUCUACCAAUACUUUGAGAUCUUUGUGAAAGAACAGAGCGAAGUAGGAAGCAUGGGAGCCCUGCUCUUCUAGAAAAGCCAUCAUCCUCCCACUGUCUACCAACUUUUAUUAGGGUCACCAACCUUGCAUUUAUUUUACGUCCAUGUGAAGCCCCUGCAUCAUCAGCUCUGCGAUUUCAGGACGUUUGAGGAACCUUCAGGAAUCUCAGCUGAAAUAGGAUGCUGCGAGGUGGGGGACUACAUGCUGACAUUCUCAUCAUUCGCUCCCCCACAUAUCAUCCAAAGUGACACAAAGACCAUCACUUCAGCCAUACUUCAUCAGAUUUUCUACCUGACAAGAGAUUACAGCUCUGCAAGAUUUACUUAAAGGUUUCUUGCAGGAGUUUGGUCUUUUUUUUUUUUUCAGACUGAGAAGCGAGCGCUUCAGUAUGCAGGCAUACUUGAUUUGGAUUAUGGCGGUCAACUGCCUGCUGUGUGCUUAGUGUUAUCCUAGGUUCUACUUUUACUUUCAGCUUUAUUUUAUUUUUCUGUUAACCUGCCAUUCAUGUGAAGGUGUGGACCAGAAGCUGAACUGUCAGACGCUGAGUCAAGUACUGUAAAUGUUCUGGAUUUGUGACCCUGUAUUAUUUGUUCAGGGUUCUGUAAGAAGAGGAUGUGGAGCUCAUAUUGGGUUCCAGCUUCAAAAGAUAAUUUUUGAACAGUCAUCCAGUAAACCAUUCAAAACAAGGGUGCUUGUUGUUUUGAUGUAUAGCAUUCCCAGGGAGCUGCAGUAUUAACUCACAGUCACAUUCAUUCUUAUUGCCCACCUAAGAGCUUUUUUGUUUUUUUAAUUGUCUGCUCUAUGUAUACUUUCACUAAUGAUGUUUUCAGAGAAACUCUGAUCUCCUGUACAUAGGCCAUUCAUUAAAUAACUUUGAAUUUGUCUUAAGUGUAAGAUAAAGUCUUUGAAUAUGUAAAGAUAAAUGCAUUUCAGAACAAACUUAUAUAAAGAAACAUUCUCAAUAAAAACUUUUUUGGAAAAAGUC